AUGGCAGCAAUGGUUAUGCGCGUAUUCACGGCAUUCGGCCCUCUGAAAGUCGAAAAGAAGCAUGAUGCUAUCCGCUUUGGUAUCCUCGGGGCAGCUCAGAUUGCACCUCUUGCCUUGAUUACACCCGUCCUGUCACACCCGGAGGUUAUUGUACAAGCAGUCGCUGCUAGAGAUCAUGCUCGUGCCUCAGCAUUCGCCAAAAAGCACAACAUCCCGGAUGUUCGCACAUCCUAUGACGAAAUCCUCGAAGACCCUAAGAUCGACGCAGUCUUGAUUCCUUUGCCUAAUAAUUUGCAUUUCGAGUGGGCUGUGCGCGCCAUUCGCGCUGGCAAGCACGUUCUUCUGGAGAAGCCAUCGACGUCUAACGCUACCGAGGCCGAGAUCCUCUUCAAUCUACCUGAACUGUUACAGCCAAAUGCUCCCGUACUGCUCGAGGCAUUCCACAAUCGGUUUCAUCCUGUAGUGCACAAGUUCCUGUCCUUCAUCACCCCGGCCGACGUCGUCCACGUCCACACAGACUCUAUGGUCCCGUGGUUGAUGCUCGAUAAGGAUAACAUUGGGUUCAAUUACGAACUCGCUGGAGGGAGUAUAAUGAUGCUAGGCACAUACAACUUUGGCAUUAUCCGCAUGGUAUUCGACGAUGACCCCGUGGAGUGUCUAACCUGCGAACCUGGCAUCUUUGGCGACGGCAUCCACGACCAGUGCGAUACUAACUUUAAAGCUAAAUUCCGCUUUCCGAACGGUGGCAUUGCCGAAGCUUCUACCACUAUGCGUGGGUCUAUCCUGUGGAAACCGUCCGAGGCCCGCGUCACGCACAAGGAAGUCGUUGUCGGUGACGAAUCCCUCCCAGAGACACAGGAGAAGCUACGCACGCGGGUGGUGACGCUACAUGGAUUUAUCCACGCUGUUAUCUGGCACCGUAUCGAUGUUAAGGAGACCUUCCUUAUUCGGAAUAAGGGUGAUCGUAUGCCUCUUAAGACUUGGACUGAGUCCAAGUCGUAUAAGGCUUACAGUUACAAGGAGGCUGGGGGAGAGUUUGCGAACCUCCCCGGUGAGGACUGGUGGAUGUCAUAUCGGUACCAGCUUGAAGAGUUUGUCAAUCGUGUUAAGGGGCGUUCCACGCAAUAUUGGGUUGAGGGUCAAGAUUCAUGGGAUCAGAUGAAAAUGAUAGACAUGGCGUAUGAGAAGAGUGGGCUGGGAUUGCGGCCAACAAGUCUGUUCCGGUGA